UAUACAUAUACGCCAUCACCUUUUCUAUCAUCCUCUUCAUUAUAUAAACCCUCCAACUCUUCCAUGUUCCCGUACUUAAUCAUUUCCAUCUCUCUUAUAUUUGAAUAAGCUUUGAAGUUUGAAGAAGCUAAGCUCUUUCUUUCUCUCUUUACAAAGUUGUAAGAGUGAUGAGUUCCGAGGACAUGAAAACGAAGCAAGGAGCGAAGAAGUUUCAGAAAAGCUACUUUGACGUUUUGGGACUGUGUUGUUCCUCGGAGGUACCUCUGGUCGAGAAUAUCUUGAAGUCUCUCGACGGUGUCAAACAGGUAACAGUUGUAAUCGCCACAAGAACAGUCAUUGUCGUUCAUGACAGCCUCCUCAUUUCUCAGACUCAAAUCGCCAAGGCACUAAACGAUGCAAGAUUGGAAGCAAGUAUUAGAGUGUAUGGAGAAAAGAACUUGAAGAAUAAAUGGCCAAGCCCUUACGCAAUGGCUUGUGGUGUGUUACUUACGUUGUCGUUUCUCAAGUAUGUGUACCGUCCACUUGAAUGGUUGGCUCUUGGGGCUGUAGCCAUUGGAAUUCUCCCCAUUUGUCUCAAAGCUGUCGUUUCCAUUCGGAAUUUCAGUCUUGAUAUCAAUAUUCUUGCUAUUGUUGCAGUGAUUGGGACAGUUUCUAUGAGGGACUAUUUAGAAGCUGGCACCAUUGUCUUUCUCUUCACUGUUGCAGAGUGGCUUGAGUCAAGGGCAAGCCACAAGGCAAAUGCAGCGAUGUCGUCGUUGAUGAGCAUGGUACCACAAAAGGCAGUGAUAGCUGAAACAGGAGAGGUUGUGGAGGCCGAUGAGGUGAAGCUGAAUACCAUUCUUGCAGUCAAAGCCGGAGAAGUGAUCCCCAUUGAUGGAAUCGUCGUGGAAGGUAACUGCGAAGUGGAUGAGAAAACACUUACUGGGGAAUCAUUCCCUGUUUCCAAACAAAAGGAUUCCACUCUUUGGGCUGGCACCAUUAAUCUCAACGGCUACGUGACAGUAAAGACCACAGCCUUAGCGGAAGACUGUGCUGUGGCCAAAAUGGCAAAGCUUGUGGAAGAGGCUCAGAACAGCAAGUCAAAAACUCAGAGAUUUAUUGACAAAUGUGCCAAGUUUUACACACCAGCUGUUCUACUCAUAUCAAUUUCUGUAGCUGUGAUUCCGGCUGCAUUACGGCUCCACAAUCUCAAAAAUUGGUUUCACUUGGCUCUUGUGAUUUUGGUAAGCGCAUGUCCUUGUGGCCUCAUCCUCUCUACACCUGUGGCUACUUUCUGUGCUCUCACCAAGGCAGCAACUUCUGGUCUUUUGAUCAAAGGAGGAGACUACCUUGAGAUCCUGGCUGGGAUUAAGAUCAUGGCCUUUGACAAAACCGGGACAAUCACAAGAGGUGAAUUUGUGGUCACAAAUUUUCAGUCUCUUCGAGAAGAUAUAGGCUUGGAGAGUUUGCUUUACUGGGUAUCAAGCAUUGAGAGCAAGUCAAGUCAUCCCAUGGCAGCUGCACUAGUCGACCAUGGAAAAUCGAUGUCGGUUGAGCCAAAGCCUGAAAAUGUGGAGGAGUUUGAAAAUUUUCCUGGUGAAGGCAUCCAUGGAAGAAUCGACGGGCAAGAUGUUUACAUUGGAAACAAGAAAAUUUCUGCGAGAGCUUCUUGUGAAACAGUUCCCACCCUCGAAGGUUAUGCCAAGGAUGGAAAAUCUGUUGGAUACAUAUACUGUGGAGGAAAGCCAGCUGGAAUUUUUACUUUAUCGGAUGCUUGUCGAUCUGGUGUUGCAGAAGCAAUAGCAGAGCUCAAGAAAAUGGGCAUAAAAACAGCAAUGCUAACUGGUGAUAGUAAUGCAGCAGCCAUGCAUACACAUGAAAAGUUAGGACAUGCUAUCGAGGUCAUCCGUGCAGAACUUCUACCCGAAGACAAGGCAAAACUCAUCAAGGAAUUCAAAAAACAAGGACCAACAGCCAUGAUUGGAGAUGGACUGAAUGAUGCCCCAGCUUUAGCCACUGCUGAUAUAGGUAUCUCAAUGGGAAUUUCAGGCUCUGCACUUGCAACAGAAACCGGGCACGUGAUUCUUUUAUCAAAUGACAUAAGAAAGAUACCAAAAGCUAUCAAGCUCUCAAGACAAGCAACAAGGAAAGUAAUGCAAAAUAUAUUUUUAUCGAUCACUACUAAGGCCGCUAUUGUUGCGUUGGCCAUUGCAGGCCAUCCUCUUGUAUGGGCUGCAGUUCUUGCUGAUGUUGGGACAUGCCUACUUGUCAUUUUUAACAGCAUGCUACUUCUACGAGAACCCCACACACAUGGAGGGAAAUGUUGUAAAUCUUCUUCCACAAAUCACGUCCACAAACAUGGCUGCAGUGAUGGUCACACCAAAUUAGUACCCCACAAGGACCAAGAAUGUUGCUCCAAUAAAACAUUAAAGGUUUGCAAAUCUCAGAAGUGUUCAUCACAGACGAAUGUCUCGAAAUGCCAGGCUAGACCAAUCAGUUCAGGCUCUUGUUGUGAAAAGAAGCGUGGGAACUCGGCCGACAAGCAUAAUGGCUGUGCGAGUGGUAACGAGCACCAUGAAUCACAACACCGUCACCACGGAGGCUGUCAAACAGCAAAUCAUGAUCUGGAGUCACAACAUGCACAUGAUCACAGUUGUUUAGGCUCUCAAGCUCUUGUGAAGUCGUGUUUGGAAGAGACUAAUCAUGAUCACGUACACAACUCAAAUAAAAGGCAAGAUUGUUCUGCAAAAGAUGAUCACCACGGUCAUCAUCAUCAUCAUGGUCAUCAUGACUCAAAGCAUUGCGACCAUUCUGUUUUCGAAGAAAGCGAAAACCUCCCUAUCAGUGAUCAUAUCCACUCAAGCAGCCAUGGUAAGAAUCAUAUCAGGAACGAAUCAUUUCAAAACGCAGAUGAGCCAAUUUGUGGUCAACAGCAUCAUCAGGAGGUUCAUUCUUGUUCGAAGAAUCAUGAUAAAGAUCACACAACCAUUGAUGUAAUGCAUGGGGUAAGCCAAGCUGAAUCAGAUACUAUUCAUCAGGCCUGUUUGAUGACUGUAGAGAAGAGCGAAUCUAUAGGGUGUUGUGGGAAUCAUAAGGAGUUCCCAAAUUCAGCAACCAUGAAAGCUUGCAUGAGCUUGGAGAAAAGAGAAUUUGGAGGCUGUUGCAAGAGUUACAUGAAGAAAUGUUGUAAUAAACAUGGACAUUUUGGUGCUCCCAUGGGAGUAGGCCUAUCAGAAGUAAUUAUUGAUUAGGUAGAACAUAACAUUUGGAAAAAGAAUAGAAUAAUAUAUCUCUUGAAUCCUGUGGAAUGAAAGGGGUUUAGAAAUUUUUAAUGAGAUGGCAAAGGCUUCUGGUUGACAACAAAGAGUAUUAAAAGCAUUGGGAAAGUGUAUAAAAUAUAUGUUUAUAUAUCUUUAUAUCAGUGGUAGUGGUAGAUAAUAUAAAUAUAUAUGUAACUUCUCAGUACAUGGUUUUAGUUGCUUAGUAUUACCUAUCAUUUUUAAUAUAAAUCAGUUAUUAUGGACUGCAAAGUAGAAAAACAAUUGAUAUAUACGGUAAGUAGAGAUCUUUAACAUAUGUAAAGGGGAUGAGGAUUCUCUGUCUAA